UAGGCACCGUAAAGCGCGGAAGGUCGCCGUAUCAAGCUUCGCCGGAACUUUUUCCUACCUCCUGUCCCGCCCCCUUCCCAAGCCGUGUACCACCUUCCGGCCCCCAGGAACCCCGGCAAGGGUUGUGGCUGCUGCCCCGCUUCAGCCGGAGUGUUGCUGAGCGCGGAGCCCGAGGGCGCCCGUGAGUCUCCCUUGUGACCAGCAGCCAAUUUGUACAAGGUGUUGUGACCAUGCAGAGGAACAGCUCAGAAGGAGUUGGAGCUGUCCUCUUGCUCUUGUUGGUGUAAGCAGAUCUGAGCAUAACCAGCUUUGAAUUCUUGGGAUCCGCUUCUUGCUGAGUGAGAGCACGUCUCCCAGUUGCUGACAGACGUGAUGCUUUACCAGUUGCUAUCGGUGGUCCGAAGACCAAGAAGCAGCCGAGGAUGGCAGAAGUGGUCCUCAGCCAGAAGCGGUGCGUCAGCUGCCAAAGCGCAUUCUGUGGCCCUGCCUGCCCAGGCACAGGUGGUCAUCUGUGGUGGUGGAAUCAUGGGCACAUCUGUGGCCUAUCAUCUCUCCAAGAUGGGGUGGAAGGAUAUCGUCCUUUUGGAGCAGGGCAGGCUGGCUGCUGGCUCUACGAGGUUCUGUGCUGGCAUCCUAAGCACCGCCAGGCACUUGACCAUUGAGCAAAAGAUGGCAGACUACUCAAACAAACUCUACCAUCAGUUAGAGCAAGAAACAGGGAUCCAUACAGGUUACAUAAGGACAGGCUCGAUCUUUCUGGCCCAAACUCAGGACCGGCUGAUCUCCCUGAAGCGCAUCAAUUCAAGGCUGAAUGUUAUAGGCAUCCCCUCCGAGAUCAUCUCCCCCAAGAAAGUGGCCGAACUUCACCCUCUCCUCAAUGUGCACGACCUGGUGGGGGCCAUGCAUGUCCCCGAGGAUGCAGUGGUGUCCUCUGCUGAUGUGGCUCUUGCCCUGGCAAGUGCUGCCUCCCAAAAUGGUGUUCAGAUCUAUGACCGGACAAGUAUUCUUCAUGUUAUGGUGAGGAAAGGUCAAGUCACUGGUGUGGAGACUGAUAAAGGACAGAUCCAGUGCCACUAUUUUGUCAACUGUGCGGGUCAGUGGGCAUACGAGCUGGGUCUGUCCAACGAGGAGCCGGUUAGUAUCCCGUUACAUGCCUGCGAACACUUCUACCUUCUGACUCGCCCCUGGGAGACCCCUCUGCAGAGCAACACACCAACUAUUGUGGAUGCCGAUGGAAGAAUUUAUAUUCGGAACUGGCAGGGUGGCAUCCUGUCUGGGGGCUUUGAGAAGAACCCAAAGCCAAUUUUCACUGAGGGCAAGAACCAGCUGGAGAUUCAGAAUCUGCAGGAAGACUGGGAUCACUUUGAGCCCCUGUUGAGUUCCCUGCUGCGUAGGAUGCCAGAACUGGAGACUAUGGAGAUCAUGAAGUUGGUGAAUUGCCCCGAGACCUUCACCCCGGACAUGAGGUGCAUCAUGGGCGAGUCCCCUUCAGUGCGGGGCUACUUCGUCCUGGCGGGAAUGAACUCUGCUGGCCUUUCGUUUGGUGGAGGAGCUGGAAGGUACCUCGCUGAGUGGAUGGUGCAUGGCUAUCCCUCAGAAAGUGUCUGGGAACUGGACCUGAAGCGUUUUGGAGCCCUCCAGAGCAGCCGAACCUUCCUGCGCCACCGUGUCAUGGAAGUCAUGCCUCUGCUGUACGAUCUGAAGGUUCCCCGCUGGGACUUCCAGACAGGAAGGCAGUUACGCACAUCUCCUCUGUAUGACCGGCUGGAUGCACAAGGAGCCAGGUGGAUGGAGAAACAUGGAUUUGAGAGGCCAAAGUACUUUGUGCCACCAGACAAGGACCUGUUGGCCUUGGAGCAGAGCAAGACUUUUUACAAGCCAGACUGGUUUGAGAUUGUGGAGUCCGAAGUCAAGUGCUGUAAGGAGGCCGUGUGUGUCAUUGACAUGUCCUCUUUCACAAAGUUUGAAAUAACAUCCACCGGGGAUCAGGCAUUAGAAAUUCUCCAAUACCUCUUCUCCAAUGACCUUGACGUGCCCGUGGGCCACAUCGUGCAUACCGGCAUGCUCAACGAGGGCGGAGGGUACGAAAAUGACUGCAGCAUAGCACGGCUGAGCAAGCGCAGUUUCUUCAUGAUUUCUCCAACCGACCAACAGGUGCACUGUUGGGCCUGGCUUAAGAAAUACAUGCCAGAAGACAGCAACCUGAUUCUGGAGGAUGUCACCUGGAAAUACACUGCCCUCAAUCUGAUUGGUCCUCGAGCUGUGGAUGUGCUGUCUGAGUUGUCCUAUGCCCCUAUGACUCCAGACCAUUUCCCAAGUCUGUUUUGCAAGGAGAUGAGUGUGGGCUACGCAAAUGGGAUCCGGGUGAUGAGCAUGACUCACACGGGAGAGCCAGGAUUCAUGCUUUACAUUCCUAUAGAGUACGCCCUGCACGUAUACAACGAAGUGAUGAGUGUUGGACAGAAAUAUGGAAUCCGGAAUGCUGGGUAUUAUGCUCUUCGUAGUCUCCGAAUUGAAAAGUUUUUUGCCUUCUGGGGUCAGGAUUUAAACACCCUCACCACACCCCUGGAAUGCGGACGAGAGUCUCGGGUGAAGUUAGACAAGGGGAUGGAUUUCAUUGGGCGAGAUGCCCUGCUGCAGCAGAAGCAGAACGGGGUGUACAAACGCUUCACUAUGUUCAUCCUGGACGACCACGACACAGACCUGGACCUCUGGCCUUGGUGGGGGGAGCCCAUUUACCGAAACGGGCAGUACGUGGGCAAGACCACCAGCAGCGCAUAUGGUUACACCCUGGAGCGCCACGUGUGCCUGGGCUUCGUGCACAAUUUUUCCGAGGACACCGGAGAAGAGCAGGUGGUGACAGCAGAUUUCAUCAACCGGGGAGAAUAUGAGAUUGACAUCGCAGGACACCGGUUCCAGGCCAAGGCCAAGCUCUACCCGGUCACCUCCCUCUUCACCCAUAAGCGCCGAAAGGAUGAUGUGGAGCUCAGUGACUUGCACGGGAAGUAAUGCCAGGCAGUCCCGCCACCUUCCCACCUUCUAGUCAUCUUAGGAGCUCCUCUUCCUGAUCCCAUCCCUCUUCUUGAUUUAACCUUUGCCUCCCACCUCUUAUCUCCUUGAUAUAAUUUUUUUUUCCCUUGAUAUAAUUUUAAGCGUUUAAAACUUUUCCUUUGCACCCUCUCUUGUCCCUCCAUCUUCUCCUCCCUCCUUCUGCAGUUUCCCAUCUCCUGAUACUCACUCUGGGCUGGUCAUCCCUCCCCCCAUCUCAGGUUCCUGUGGGGACAGGAAGGCAGGACAGAGGCAGACUCCACUUGUGGAAGUAGGUUACAGUGACAGCCUCACUUAAUGCUGGGUCUUGAAGCAAGGGAGGCUUGUGGUGUGCAGGCCUCAGGGUAAGAGUCCCUCUCUGUGGGGCUAAAUUUUCUCGAGUAACCUGUGAAUUCUGGCUAGCUGCUGUCUGUGUGAUACAGCCGUGUGGAAUAGCUUAUGCCUUUUAGCCAGGCAGGUCCUUCUCCCAUCCCUUUGUGCUGUGGGUCGGCACCCUGAUACCUCUAGCAGGAGGAUGACCAUCUACCUCGCUGAUGAGAGGCAUCAUGUGGGCGUUACCUGGGGUUUAGCACAGAUUAGUUCAUCCUGGGCCUCCCUACUGACCCAGUUAUCAGACUGUGACCCAGUUAUCAGACUGUUGGGCUAGGGCCACCUGCCUAUAAUUUUCUUCAUCUCUUGCUAAUCUCUAUUAUGAGGGGGGUUGUGGCUUAUUUAACCGACUAAACAAAUAAGCCACAGUGUUUGAAAGGGAAAGACCAUGUUGCCUUUAGUGUUGCUUUUCCUAGCUGAAAGGGUCUAACCUCAAACUAAGCUCCAGCGAUGCUGAGUUUCCUAUGAAACAGCGCUGCUUUUCUUUCAGCUACUCACAGUUCAGUCACGCCACCUUGAUGUUCCUCUUCUCCGAGCACAUGUGACUUUCAGUUCAGCCUCAUGUGUCCCUUCCACAGGAGGCCCACUGGCUCAGUGCACGCUCUCUCCCUUAGGACGGGGGAGACAAGACAAGCAUCCUGGCUGAGUAACUAAACCUUGUGGGCACACUGAGUUGAAGAGAGCUACUGGGACCCCAGGGUUGCUUCCCCCGCACAACAGACACAGAUCCACACAGAGAUGACCCACUUGGGUCCCUUGAGAGUUCCCAGUGUGGAGAGCGUAUGUUACCUGAGCCCAAGGUCUGCUUUCCGUCUUCUUUUUCCAGACAUCUCUCCACAUUUUCUGGAAUAGAAGGUAACUUGGGGUAAGAGCGCCCUGCGCACUUUUAAGCAGUGUCUCUAUUUUCUAAGGGAUCGCACAGACUGUGGUAUCCAUCCCCACACUUAAUUUCCCCUUGCAAACAAAUGGCUGCUAGAGAUUUUAAUUAACCAUAGCCUUUGUUAUCUUGGUAUCUUGCAUGCAUUAGUUCUGAUAGGUCUGUAAGUAUAUUAGAGACAAUCCUUUCAUUUUAUUAGAGCAGCUUACAAUUCUCAGGUGUCUGCCUGCUCUGGCAUUUCUCUGGGAUUUCUGUUUACCCACUUGAUCACUGACUUUACUGUCCACCUUCUUACAAGGUCUUCAUUGAUUUAAUGAGGGAAUAUGUGAUUAGAAUUCUGUCGGGGGGCCUUGGUAUUUUGGUGCAAAUGUGAAUUUAACUAGCUGAGAGAUACUGCUUCUAGGCAAAGAAGAGAGGUGCUGCCCAGCUGGAGAGCAGUGAACAGCAGCCGUGAAACUUGGGAGAGCAGGAAACUGGCACCAGACAAUGCAGGUGUUACCAGCAGGGAGCCGACUGACCCAAGAAGAUGGAAAUAGAUGUAGAACUAAAGCAUCAGCAUGUGGUCCUGAAGACGUGCGAGGCACUUUAGUAAAUGGGAUGUUUCUCACGAGCCCUGGUGAUGACAGGCACACAGGGUGACAGAGCAUUUCUGCCCUCUGCGAAUGUGGUAUUAACGUUGUUCACUGUAUUUCUAUCAAGUCAGAUUUCAAUUUUAUUUUAUGUUACUAAGUUUGUAAAUGAAUAAAUGGACAUUUUCACUA